AUGGCCGACCUGGCAUCAUCUCUCCACCCUUUCCUUCAGACUUUGCAGGAUCAAUCUGCGCAAUCCUUGGUACAGGCAUUGAAGCCACAGACAGUCACAGAUCGAGUAGCUGUCUUAUUGUUCCUUUUAUCUGCCUUCGGAUAUCUCUCGCGGGGACGCGUAUGGGAUAAGCCGGAUCCCUAUCACAACGUCUGGUUCGAGCGCCCGCAGCAAGAGGGGGGAAAUACAUCGCAUAAACGCACAGAGACAUCCAGGGAUGUUUCGCAGCGCCUAGAGGAAGGCAAAUAUCAAUGUGUCAUCUUCUGGGGUUCACAAUCGGGCACCUCAGAGCGCUUUGCUGAGGCGUUGGGUCGAGAAUGCUCAAGUAGAUUUGGCAUCAACGCUCUUGUCGCCGAUCUAUCAGAUUUCGAACCAGAAUCAAUCAGCUCCAUCUCCCAGAACCAUUUCGCGAUAUUCCUUCUCAGCACCUAUGGCGAAGGAGAUCCAAGCGAUAACACUACGGGCUUGUGGGACUGGAUCAAGUCAAUAAAGGAUAAUGAGAAAUCACUGAGCAAUCUCCGCUACCUGGCAUUUGGGCUCGGGAAUAGCAAUUACAAGUACUACAACCGCGUGCUUGAUGUAGUAGCAGAUGCACUCGAUGCAACCGGUGCGACAGCUCUAAUUCCACGUGGAAGGGCGGACGAUGCAACUGGCGGAACAGAGGAGGACUUCCAGGCUUGGAAAGACGAUGUCUUCGCCCUUUUCCGAAAGAUGGGCUAUGCGGAGAGGCCAAUCAAAUAUGAACCCUCGAUUGAGGUCUCAUUCACGACAGGCGAGGAGCCUCAUGAGUCAACUACUUCUGUAACACACCAAAAGUCGAACCUGAACUCGAGCAUCGCCUCUUUGCCGAUUCGGAAUGCCCGCGAGCUUUUCACCGCAGGAGAUCGCAACUGCAUACACCUAGAGUUGGACCUCGGACAUCACGAAUUGGGGUACAAGACCGGUGAUCACAUUGGCAUAUGGCCCACCAACCCCGACCAAGAAGUCAAUCGGCUCUUCGAAGUCCUAGGUCUCACCGCACGUAGGCAGGAGACUGUUAAGAUCACAGCUUUGGAUGGUUCAUGCAAGAACAAGCUUCCUCCGCUCACUACUCUGGAGGCUGCCUUCCGCCAUCAUCUCGAAAUCUGCGCUCCUGUGCCCCGCAAGACAUUCGUAGAUAUCGCCGAGUUCGCCGCAUCGCCAGACGUCAAGUCUAAGCUUUUAUACUAUGGCCAGGAUAGGGACCGUUAUGCCCAGCUUGCAGCAAGUACCCACCUCAACUUUGCUCGCUUGUUGCAGCUCGUCGGACCUGGUCACGUCUGGAAUUCGCUGCCGCUCUCUUUCGUCCUGGAUACUCUGCUUCCGUUACAACCACGUUACUACUCCAUUUCUUCCAGCUCAGUCAUAUCACCUCGUCGUAUUGCUGUCACCGCUCUUGUCGUCAACCAUAAUCUAUCACCAGAGUCCGUCAUUCACGGAUUGGCAUCGAAUUAUCUGCUCUCAGCAACAAAGCUACCAAACAAUGCUUCGGGACCAUCGCCCUCCUACAGCCUUCAAGAAUCUCCCGAGAGCGAAGGUGGAAGACUAUAUGCCCAUGUAAGGAAGUCAAAAUUCAAGCUCCCAUUGACCUCUUCCACGCCUCUCGUUCUCAUCAGUGCGGGAACCGGAUUUGCCCCGUUCCGUGCAUUCAUUGCCGAGCGUGCUAAAUUACACGCAUUGGGCAAGCCCGUGGGUCACAUGCUCGUCUUCUUCGGAUGUCGGAGUGCAGAAUCAGACUAUAUCUAUCGCGACGAGCUCGAGAAAUUCCAAACUCAACUGGGAGACCGGCUAGAGAUCGUAACUGCCUUCUCAAGGGACGGCAACAAAAAGGUGUAUGUUCAGGAUCGAGUGGCGGAGAACAGCACACGAGUCUUGGAGAUGUUGGAUGCGGGAGCUAACAUGUAUAUUUGCGGCAAGGCUAGCAUGGCACGUGAGGUCGACCGAAAGCUUGAAGAUGCAAAGGUAGCCAGCGGCUCCGGUGAAUCGGAGGUAAAAGCGUGGACUGAUGCAUUAAAGAAGCGCGGCAAAUGGAAAGCUGAUGUCUGGGGUUAG